AUCAGCAUCUGCCGUCCCUUAUGUUUAGUUUGAUUAAAGAGCACGGGCGGCUGAGGGGCGGCCCACGGCUGACGGACUGCAGGAAGGGCUGGCUUAACUUAACCAAGGUUUACGCGCCUGAACCAACGGCCGACGGGCUGCCUGGCACCGCAGAGCAGAGCAGAGCAGAGCAAUGGCGUCAGGUUGGAUGCACAAAACGAUGAAAUGUAUGGAGAAACCACUAGGGGGCAAUGGCUUUAAAAUCUCUUACAUGACUGGUGAUCUGUUUGAAUGUCCAGCACAAGAAUCGCUGGCGCACUGCAUCAGUGCAGACUGCCGCAUGGGGAAGGGGAUAGCUGUUUUAUUCAAGAAACGGUUUGGAUCUGUUCCGGCGCUGCUAGACCAAAAAAAGAAAACUGGGGAAGUAGCAGUACUGAAAAGACCCCAACGAUACAUUUACUAUCUGAUUACUAAAAAUAGAGUCUUUCAAACGCCAACUUACGAAAGCUUACGGAACAGUCUGGAGGCCAUGAAGAAACACUGCAUCAGUAAUGGAGUCACAUGCAUCUCAAUGCCCAGGAUUGGUUGUGGAUUAGACAAACUGAAUUGGAAUGCAGUUGCUGAGAGAAUUCAAGAUGUUUUUAAGGACACGAAUAUUGUCAUCACUGUGUACUCUCUAGAGAAUCCUGCUGUAGGGUUGCCGCAAACCUGUAAAAGGACAAAGGGUGCUUUUAAUGAGGUCAAACCAUGGCCGUCCGAAGGGGGGGUGCGGAGGGUGCGAACGCACCCCCCUUUUUUCCCCCCUAAAGUAAUAAAAAAUUCGAUGCCACCACCCCCCACCGCCGUUCAGGGCCUGCAAACGCAGUCAAUUCAAUCAUCUUUUAAAACUGCCAUAAAUACCAAGUAGACAUUGGUGUUAACAGGUCCUGAAAUGUUGGAUUAUGGAAUGAAGGUAGGUACCUGAAGAGGUAUAUUUAUUUUUCAUUUGUAAAGGAGGAGUAUCUGAGCCAGCUUUCUCAAUGUACAUUAACAAAUAGACGGUUGUAUUUCUAUCUACAUCUCAAGCAACAAGGGAUUGAUAUGAGCUGGAAUUGGGGCAAGUGCAAGAUGCUCUGGCCUUGGAUCCGGGAAUCGGUAUUCCACAGUCAUGUCAGUGGGAUGGAUGAACAGCACAGAUUGAUAGUCAAUUUAUUCUGUAAACUCUAAUUAAUCAUUUUGCUUGGGGGAGAUGAGUUGCAAGCUCAAAGCUCCAGUUUUUAUUAUUAGUUAAUUGGUGAUUAUAUGAUGUCCUUUCUCCUCUCCCCAUCCUUCCCCCACCCCUCCCCCCACCCAUCCCUAGCAAUACAUGCUAUGUAAAUGGUGUAUGCAUUCAGUGAUGGAACCACAGGAUCACCAUUGAAUGGUGGAAAGAGUGUGAUUCUGUUGCAAACUGCAUGUAAUAAGACGCGUGUACAUAAUACUAAAUAAAGAAUUUGGAAAGUUUGAGUGAA